UUGAAAUGCCUUUCUUUGACAUUUGAAGCACUCAGACUCCAUUAAUGCACGACGAACAGAGAUACACUGGAGUAAUACGGAUCUGCGUAGGUGACCCGCAUCACCCAUACUCCAGGAGAAGACGGAUUGAGCCGGGGAAAGGGGUUCCUGUCUUUUCCCGAUCCCCCUGCUUCUUGGUGGCCCGCUGUUGGACAGUGAGCAACUGAGUCCAGCUUGGAGAGUCCCGGCUGCGGCCUGGCACCCUGCCCUUAUGGGGCAGCAGCCGGGGAAGUUUGUAGGGGACCAGAGGAGACCCAGUCUGCCAGCCUUCAUCAAGGGUGGGAAGAGAGAGUCGUCACGCCAUGGGACCCAGCCCUGUAACGUUUUUGCUGUGCACGAAGCUCUCCAGAGACCAGACUUUGAGGGUCAGGGUCUGACAGAAGCGGCCCGCUGGAACUCCAAAGAGAACCUGUUGGCUGGACCCAGCGAGAAUGACCCCAACCUGUUUGUCGCACUCUAUGAUUUUGUUGCCAGCGGUGACAACACACUCAGCAUCACUAAAGGAGAGAAGCUGCGUGUGCUGGGUUACAACCACAACGGCGAGUGGUGUGAGGCGCAGACUAAGAAUGGCCAGGGUUGGGUGCCGUCCAACUACAUCACCCCUGUCAACAGCCUGGAGAAACACAGCUGGUACCAUGGACCCGUAUCACGCAACGCGGCAGAGUACCUGCUCAGCUCAGGCAUCAACGGGAGCUUUCUGGUCCGCGAGAGUGAGAGCAGCCCCGGCCAGAGAUCCAUUUCUCUGCGGUACGAGGGAAGAGUCUACCAUUACAGGAUUAACACUGCGUCUGACGGCAAGAAACUCUUUUUCCUCCAGCUGUACGUCUCGUCAGAGAGCCGUUUCAACACACUGGCGGAGCUGGUGCACCACCAUUCCACGGUGGCCGACGGCCUCAUCACCACGCUGCACUACCCGGCGCCGAAACGCAACAAGCCCACCAUCUACGGAGUGUCUCCCAACUACGACAAGUGGGAGAUGGAGCGCACUGACAUUACCAUGAAGCACAAGCUGGGAGGGGGCCAGUACGGGGAGGUGUACGAGGGGGUUUGGAAGAAGUACAACCUCACUGUGGCUGUCAAGACACUAAAGGAGGAUACGAUGGAGGUGGAGGAGUUUCUCAAGGAGGCUGCUGUCAUGAAAGAGAUCAAACACCCCAACCUGGUACAACUGCUAGGUGUGUGCACACGGGAGCCACCGUUCUACAUUAUCACAGAGUUCAUGACCCAUGGAAACCUACUAGACUACCUGAGGGAGUGCAACAGGGAGGAGGUCAAUGCGGUGGUGCUGCUCCACAUGGCCACACAGAUCUCCUCUGCCAUGGAGUACCUGGAGAAAAAAAACUUUAUACACAGGGACUUAGCUGCCCGGAACUGUCUGGUCGGGGAGAACCACCUGGUGAAGGUUGCAGACUUCGGCCUAAGCAGGCUAAUGACUGGAGACACGUACACAGCUCAUGCUGGGGCCAAGUUCCCCAUCAAGUGGACUGCUCCGGAGAGUCUGGCCUACAACAAGUUCUCUAUUAAGUCUGAUGUCUGGGCAUUUGGCGUGCUGCUGUGGGAGAUCGCCACUUAUGGCAUGUCCCCCUACCCCGGCAUUGAUCUGUCCCAAGUCUACGAGCUGCUGGAGAAAGACUACCGUAUGGACCGACCAGAGGGCUGCCCCGAGAAGGUCUAUGAGCUCAUGACGGCCUGUUGGAGGUGGAACCCUUCAGAACGUCCGUCUUUUGCUGAAACACACCAGGCCUUUGAGACCAUGUUCCAGGAGUCCAGCAUCUCUGAUGAGGUGGAAAAGGAGCUGGGCAAGAAAGGGAAGAAGGCGACAUUAGGUUCCAUCCAGCAGGCUCCAGAGCUGCCCACCAAAACCAGAACCCUCCGCAAAAACAUGGACAACCGGGAUGGAGAUAGUCCAGACCCAGUGGAGCCAGAGGCAGCUGUGUCGUCACCCAUGCUCCCCAGGAAAGAGCGCCCCCUCCUGGACAGUAACCUGAAUGAGGAUGACCGCUUGCUACCCAAAGACAAGGACAAGACACGUGGCAGUGGCUUUCUCAGUCUCAUCAAGAAAAAGAAAAAGAAUGCACCAGCUCCGCCCAAACGCAGCUCCUCUUUCAGAGAGAUGGAUGUCCACCCUGAGAGGCGGGGCUUGACUCCAGAUCCUCGAGACAGUGACAGCUUCAACAAUGGUGCAUCUUUGGCCAUUAAUGACGUCACACAUGGCCUUGACUCUGCAAAGUUCCUGGGUACUAACAAUAACGGGGCAGGGGGCAUCACCAACGGGGCUCCUACAUACCCAGGACCUUUGUUUCCCAGGAAGAAGGGAGCUCCUGCAGUGCCUGGACCUGGAGGAAAGGCAGCUACAACACCGCCCAGUGAGGAGGAAUCCAUGUCUAACUCGAAGCGUUUCCUCUGGUCCUCUAGCAUCCCCAGCGGCUCAGAUGGCACUGAAUGGAAGUCUGUCACACUGCCGCGAGACCUCGGCCAGCGCCACUUUGACUCAGGCACCUUCGGGGGCAAGCCAGCUCUGCCACGCAAGAGAACCAGUGAGCAAAAAGGGGAGAACGCCCCACGAAUGGGCACCUUAACUCCCCCACCACGUCUGAACACCUCAUCAGAUGUUUCCUCAGCCUUCUUAGGCAAAGACACUGAUCCCAGUCCUGGUUCCAGUCCUCAGGCAUUAACACCUAAGGUGGUCAGGAGACCAGGGGUGCCGGGGUUGGAGAACUCCAAGACCAGCGCUCUCCACGCUGAGCUUCUCAAGCCCAAUGUGUUUCCUGCUUUAGGAGCAGCCGGAGAAGAGUGCAGGGCCCGCAGACACAAGCACACUGUGGACUCUUCAUCCGCCAGGGAAAGAGGAAAGUUACAGAAACCCAAGCCAGCUCCACCUCCACCACCCACCAAUGCCAAAACAGGCAAGGUUUCCCGCAGCCCCACUCAAGAAGCCCCCUCCCCCUCAUCCACCACCUCAGACAUCAAAGCUAAGGGCCUCCCAUCUGUCUCAGAGCCCCACCACACAACCACUGCCAGUGACCAAGCCCGCUCACCUCUCAGUGAGGGCUCCAAGAAGCUGCCCCUGGGCUCCACCUCCAAACCUCAACCGUUAAAGACCUCCACCUCCUCCACUUCAGUGAGCACCUCCCUUUCCAGCCAAAGCCUAGGAGGCUUCUCUUCCUCCCUCACCUUCCCCGGCGAUCAGAGCUCACCAACUGCUUUCAUCCCCCUAGUGAACUCACGACGCUCACUCCGCAAGACUGCACCCCGCCAGGCUGCCGAGCGCACCCCCAACUCAGCCGUGACGCGCGAGAUGGUGCUGGAAGGCACGGAGUUGCUCCGCGCAGCCAUUUGCCGCAACUCGGAGCAGACGGGUAGCCAUAGCGCUGUGCUGGAGGCCGGCAAGAACCUGUCGAAGUACUGCAUGAGCUACGUCGACUCGAUACAGCAGAUGAGGAACAAGUUUGCUUUCCGCGAGGCCAUAAACAAGCUCGAGAACAGCCUGCGAGAGCUGCAAAUCUGCCCCACCGCCACAGGGGGCGCCAACGCACAGCAGGACUUCAGCAAGCUGCUGUCCUCUGUCAAAGAGAUCAGUGACAUUGUUCAGAGGUAGCGCCAUAAAAUCUUAAACUGCCAAGAUAUAAAAACUAAUAUGAACUGUAUCUUACACUACCCUUUUUUUCUGAGCAUGAACUGUGGUUCAUCCUGAGCUCAUGUUGGAGAUCUGAGGGUAAAGCCUGCGGGAGGAGCUGCAGCAGAGUGUAGGUUUUACACUACAGUACACUCUGAAACACUUAAGCCUGUGGUUAUUGUGGAUGGAAUCAAAGGAAUCUUUCUGUAGAUGUCGUCAGACAGAGUUUGCAAUGUUGAAAAGCCUUAACCACAAAUGAACAGUGUCUUUUGGCCUUGAUUAGAGGCAAGGGGCCAAUUCUCUAUCACCAUGACUUUUCACCAAUCAGUUUUUGAAAUGAUCAUGUCUUAUGUAUUCUAGUUGUGUUUUCCCCUUAUCGAUGACACUAGUAGGAAAAAUAGGCCUGUGAUGUCCAUCACUGUUGGAAUGCUUGGUUUCUCAUCGAUGCCGAUGACAGUGAGCAGAAACAAAACCUAACCUCAUCUUGUUCUAGGAUGCCUUCUAACACUUUAACAACUGGUUUUCAUGCUCAGUGUUCCCCUGUAAGAAUUAGGGAGGGUCUGGAAUCACAGUGUUUAUUGCCUGAUGCUUCUGUCCAACACAUCCCAGCAUUUCAUUGCUCCGCACCAUGUCAUCAGCGAGCGGUUGCGUGCUGAGUGAUGAAAAUGUCAGUGUUUGUAUGAAUGCUUUUUUGCAGUAUUUGCAACCGUGUGCCAUACAAUAAUAAUGGGAGCAAGCAAAUGAGGCAGAAUGAGCCUCUGGCCUUCAUGUUUUUGCUUCACUUCACACUUGGCAACAAAUUGUGCCUUAAACACUAUUGGCAGAGCUGUUUAAGACUUGCCACUUUACAAGUGCAGAAAUGUGGUUAGGAAUAGCUGUGUUGAUUUGUUUAUUAGGUUUAAAUGUUUUGCCAUACCAAAAACCUUUGUCUCCAGUCUGUGCUGGAGAGGGACCAGGGUGCAUGAUCUGCAACUCAGUGGAUCUGACUGUUGUUUUAUGUUGUCCUUAGACUGGACCUUUGUUAUUAUUAUUUUUAAAUACAAGUUUGAUUCAACUUUCUCUACAUGCCAGUCACUAAAGCCAUCAGUAGCAGCUCGGCCUUGCAGCAUUGUGCUGUUUUAUCUGUAAAGAGGGAUCACAGACUGAAACAGUGUUUCUCUGACCACUGAAGGGCCUCUUUUGGCUGAAAGAAUUCGUUUUGAUGGAGGGUUUAGGCCACAUGGUCUAAAUGCUGUUUCAGAGGCCUUUCCACCCCAGCAAAAAGAAAUAUAUAUAUACAUAUACAUAUAUAUAUAUCCUGGGGGAAACACUGGACUGAAAUGUUUAUGGAUUUGUUACUUGCUGUUUUACAAAAUAAUGUGUAAGUGAGAAGCUGACCAUUAUAGACUUAAAGAACCCAUGAAAUUCCACUUUAACACCAUACGUUCCUUUAUCGUCUGCAACUCUUGGACAUUUUCAGUAUUUGUGCUGUGGUCUUCUCACCCCAUGUGCCCUGUCUGACUGCGAUGCCUGAGGACAUGUCAACCGCGAGCUGCCUUGACUUCAACAUGGUACUGUCAAUGUUGCCUUUUUUUUUUUUUUUGUAACUCCUCCCCCUCUACCAGCCAUACCACUACUCUACUUUUGUGUCUAAGCAUCCUCACCAGUUUUGUAGACAAACUUUGCUUUCCUUUGUAAAUAUGUUUUCUGUUUCCUAUUUGUUUCUCCCUCUAGCCUUGGUGCAAUUUUUGUUGCAAUAAAAUACAAAGCAGUUGUGCUACUUGAAAUACAUUACUGAG